GACUUGUUUGAUGAUUGAUCAUUACAAUAACAAUAUGACAUCUUUUUUAUUUUUUAUUUAUUUAUUUUGGAUUGGAUAAUAUGGCAUCUUAAAAGAAAAGAAAAGAAGGGAAGAAGCAAAGUCUUGCUGUGUGUCUUUGAUUUCUAAAGCAGAGGUACAGAGUUUUAUAACCAGUAACAUUUAUAUAUAUUAAGCUCUGCCUAUUGCCUGUUGUGUAUCACAGAGGAGACACAGUGUUAGAGUUAGCUUUGGUGGUGUAGACUGUAGUAUUGGCUUUUUCAAGUUUGAACUGAGAUAACUGAAAAAAAAAAAAAAAAAAAAUGGAGAGCACAUUUAAGGAGAUAAGGGACGGCCAAUCGGUGCUGGACCUGGACCCCAAAUCUACCGUUGGUGGCGGCGUCGAGGAUGUGUACGGUGAGGAUCGCGCUACAGAGGACAAGCUUGUUACUCCCUGGACUUUCUCUGUCGCCAGUGGGUAUUCUUUGCUUAGGGAUCCCCAGUACAACAAAGGACUUGCUUUCACUGAGAAAGAGAGGGAUGCUCAUUACUUGCGUGGUCUUCUGCCUCCAAUAAUUUUGUCUCAACAACUUCAGGAGAAGAAAUUGAUGCAGAACAUCCGACAAUAUCAAGUCCCGCUGCAAAAAUACAUGUCCUUGAUGGAGCUUCAGGAGAGGAAUGAAAGGUUGUUCUACAAGCUUCUCAUUGAUAAUGUUGAGGAAUUGCUCCCAGUUGUCUAUACUCCAACUGUGGGUGAGGCUUGCCAGAAGUAUGGGAGCAUCUUCAAGCGCCCUCAGGGUCUUUACAUAAGUUUGAAAGAAAAGGGCAAGAUUCUUGAGGUGUUGAAGAACUGGCCUGAGAGGACUAUUCAAGCAAUUGUUGUGACGGAUGGUGAGCGAAUUUUGGGACUUGGGGAUCUUGGCUGUCAGGGGAUGGGGAUUCCUGUGGGAAAAUUGUCUUUGUAUACAGCACUUGGAGGUGUUCGUCCUUCUGCAUGUUUGCCUAUAACAAUUGAUGUGGGGACAAACAAUGAACAGUUGUUGAAAGACGAGUUCUACAUUGGGCUUAGACAGAGGAGGGCAACUGGGAAGGAAUAUUAUGAACUUCUGCAUGAGUUCAUGUCCGCUGUCAAGCAGAAUUAUGGUGAAAAAGUUUUGAUACAGUUUGAAGAUUUUGCAAAUCACAACGCUUUUGAGCUGCUUGCAGAAUACCGCACAACUCAUCUUGUUUUCAAUGAUGAUAUACAGGGGACCGCAGCUGUUGUUCUUGCUGGGGUAGUUGCAGCGCUGAAGUUGGUUGGUGGUGCACUGGCUGAGCAAAAAUUCUUGUUCCUUGGUGCUGGGGAAGCUGGAACUGGUAUAGCUGAGCUUAUAGCUCUUGAGAUUUCGAAGCAGACAAAGGCUCCUUUAGAAGAGACACGCAAGAAGAUCUGGCUUGUUGACUCUAAGGGAUUGAUUGUUAGUUCUCGUAAGGAUUCACUUCAAAACUUCAAGAAGCCUUGGGCUCAUGAACAUGAACCUGUUAAGGAUCUCUUAGAUGCUGUCAAGGCAAUUAAACCAACAGUUUUGAUUGGAUCAUCCGGGGUAGGAAAAACAUUUACAAAGGAGGUGGUUGAGGCCCUUGCCUCUUGCAAUGAUAAACCUAUCAUUAUGGCUCUCUCCAACCCUACUUCACAGUCUGAGUGUACUGCAGAAGAAGCUUAUACAUGGAGUAAGGGUCGUGCAAUUUUUGCUAGUGGAAGUCCAUUUGAUCCUGUUGAAUAUGAUGGGAAGACUUAUGUACCUGGCCAGUCCAACAAUGCUUACAUUUUCCCUGGAUUUGGUUUGGGUUUGAUAAUCUCUGGAGCUAUCCGUGUGCACGAUGAAAUGCUUCUAGCAGCUUCGGAAGCCUUGGCUUCACAAGUAUCAAAGGAGAACUUUGAUAAGGGGUUGAUAUACCCACGAUUCUCUACUAUCAGAAAAAUUUCAGCUCAUAUAGCUGCUAAUGUAGCUGCCAAGGCAUACGAACUGGGUGUCGCUACACGUCUUCCUCGUCCUAAGGAUCUUGUGAAAUUGGCAGAGAGUUGCAUGUACACACCAGUCUACCGAAAUUAUCGUUGAGCGGUUGAUGGACAUACUCCAAUCGUUUAGUGUUGUACUAUCACUAUUCACUAUGUUGUCGGAAUCUUGCUAUCAAGCUGUAUGACGCAUAUGGUGUGUUUUGAAGUAGCUUUAAGCAAAAAUAACUUUUGAAUAUGACUAUAAUAACUCUGGCAUGUUAUAUGACCCAUAUAACGUAUAGAUAAUCAUAAAAUGAAGAUGCUUGUACCCUACAA